AUCUGAACUAAACGAAAAAUGAUGAGGAUCAAAAAUCUUAUUUUAGCUAUUUUCGUCAUUUUUCAAAGAUGUAACAAUGCAGAUGAAAUUCAUAAUAGUCAAACAGAUCCUACCAUUACAGAAGAAUACAGUAUUUCUACGCCAUUAGACUCGGAUGUUGUCAAUAACACCUACGUGGAUUACAAUUCUACAGACGAAUACACUGUUUCAACACCGACAAGUAAUGACAAUGACGACGAUUACGAAGCCUUGAAUGCUUACCAAGAUGAGUUGAAAAACUUAACACCAGACAAUGUUGAAGUGUAUUUACUUCGGAAUGAUACUUUAGAGUUUUUGUCUACAUUCCAGUUUGGUUAUCAGCGUGAUGUAAUCAGAAAUCAGUUGAAGUACUGCCCUUUCAACAAAUUAUGUGGAUUUUCAUUUAACUUGCCGAAUUCCUGGUGGACUUGUUGCAAGCCUUGUAGCUGCGAUUUUCCGACAUGUGUCAAGGACAAAACUUGUUGCCCUGAUAUAUUAUUCCGUCAUGCCAAUGGAUUCAAUGGCACUUCCGUUACCCAAGAAUUACCAGAACUUCUUCAAGGACAAAAAGUACAGAAGGACUGCAUUUAUCUGUAUCUGUCAAAGUCUUUUACCAUUACCAAAACAAGCGCAUACGGUUAUGCCACUUGCCCCAUUGGUACAGAGACGGAACUUCACAUAAACUGCACACGGUCGUAUAACGCCGAUGAUAUAUCAGAAUUAGUGGAGACGGUACCCGUCAUUAGUACAGAGACCAAUGAAUUAUACAGGAAUAAGUAUUGCGCGGUUUGUAAUGGUGUAUCUGUGUACGACUUUGAAAUAUUAGAUUUAGAACUAAUGUGCGAGGUAGCAUCUUACAUUACUACUGAUACUGACAUCUUAAACGCUGUUUUCGUUGAGGGGAAAUGCGAUAUUAAGUUCUCGACGGAGCAUAAACUAAAUUAUUGUUUCACAUCAGUAUCUGGCUGUAGCGUAACUGGCACAUUUGAAGAAACUGUAUGUUCUACAUACAGAUCAGUUAUCCUUAUUGACAGUCUGGCUUUCCAAAACAUUUUCUGCAGUAUUUGUAAUGGAGUUUUACCAAGAUUCUUAACCUGUCCAAUGGGAAGCAUGCAUGGAGAAGCACACUCUUUUUCAUUUUCUGGAUUGCUGAAGCUUGAUAAAGUGGAUGCUGCUCUUGAUAUUAAAAGUAGUAAUGAUAGCGAUAUGGAUAAUUGCUUAGAAGAUCACCUAUAUGACAAGAUAUCGGUAUGUCACAAAUAUUUUUUUUAUGGUUCAUGCAAAGACAUGGUGUGUUCAGCAAUUACUGUACUUAAGUCUGGAACGUGUGUCGAUUUGUUUACAAACUUGGAAAAGAUCACUUAUACUGCAUUUCUUCGCUUAAAACCAGUCAACCCCUUGUCCGUCAUAGACGCGUAUAUUGUCGCAGAUCACGUGAUUGCGCACAUGGAAGAGUUUCUGGAUGAAAGUGAAUUAUGCGGCAUGCAGAUUAUAUACAAACCUAAUGUGUCAUUAAGUGAAACUGAUCUUUCUGUUAUUGAAAGUUCAAAUUUACUUGAUUUCGAUGCAAGAGUGUGGUUUUAUAUAUCCAAACGUCAUGAUCCAAAUCAAAUCUUAGCAAAACUAAUGCACCUUCAUGACUCAAAUCUAGCAUUCAGGAUGAAUAACAGCAAUAAACCUGUCACAUUUAAGUUUCAAGUCAAGGACGACCACCCUGAAAAAUUUGAUGCAAUAUCUUUUCUGUCGCAGCCAAAUGAUAAAACCAACAAUUCAGAGACUUCUUCGGAAGACUAUGAAUUCGUACUAUUACCAAAUCUUAUAGCUAACAACUAUGAAGGCACUUGUGCAUUGAGAAAACAAGAUUUUAAUAUUAUAGAGAUCACAACCUGUCCAAAAAUAGAGGUAUCUGCAUCUGACGUACCUUGGAAGGAAGAAGAGAACGGUAUUACUUUUCCAGUUGGAAACUAUUUACUUGAAAGUAAUGAAUAUUAUUUCAUAGACGAGGAUCACAUAAUGGUAUGUGCAGACACGUACAAACAUUACUUGACCCAGAUACCACAAGAAGAAAGGGAUACGCCUCUCUCAGUAGAAUCUAUAAUAUCUAUUGCAUGUUCAGCUGUAUCUAUUCUAGCUCUUUCUUUUACCUUUUUCGUAUAUUGCUUCUUUCCUAAACUUAGAGGGACAAUACCGGGUAAAAACAACAUGUCAUUGGCAUUUACCUUAUUGCUCGCUCAGACUUUAUACUUAACUGGAAGCUUCAGUGAUUUAAAACGGAAUUCAACUGAAUGUCUUCUCUUUGGUAUAUUGAUUCAUUUGUCCUGGCUUGUAGCACUGUUUUGGAUGAAUAUUUGCACUUUUCAUAUGUUCCGCGUUCUUGCCAGAACAAAGGUUAUGUCUCAAUCAUCGGGCACGAAAAGAUUGGUAAUCUAUCACGUUUACGCACUGUCAAUGGCCGCCAUAUUUGUUUCUAUAAAUAUCGGCGUAUCAUACGCCAUGAACGGUGAUUUUGGUUAUGGUGCUAAAUCUUGCUACAUUUCUUCGCAGCGGAUGAUUAUAUAUACGUUUGGUAUUCCUGCAGCUUUUGUCGUACUUUCUAAUCUCUUUAUGUUUACAUUUGUUAUCAUUAAAAUCAAGCGGUCACCUUCGGUUCAAAAGAAUGUUCAAAAUGAGCGCAAUGACAUAAUUGUGUUCGCUAAAUUAUCGACCAUCACGGGUGCGACUUGGGUUUUUGGGUUUCUAUACAUGUGGACAAGUUCUGCAGCGUUGUCCUACAUGUUUAUUGUUUUAAACGCUAGUCAAGGACUGUUCAUCAUGUUUGCGUUUGUAAUAAACAAGCGAGUCUAUGACCUGUUUAGAGGUCAGGUUUUAGGACUGACCGUUACGUCUUCGGACAGUGGGCGUCCGACAUCCAAAACUUCCAUCAAAAUGGCGGACAAAUCCUAAAGGGUAUGCUUUUUAGAGGAUGAAUUGUAUUUCAUCCGAAAGAGUGCGAACAGAUUAUUAUUAUAUAUUUUAUAUUGAGCAGACUUCUUUCCUGAAUCGUUUAAUUAUGUGAGGUGUUAAGUAACAAUUGCACAUUAUUAUUGAAUAUGUUUUGCGUUAGCCUGAGAAGAGGUAGUUUGCGGACGGGAAUGUUUUUUGAAAAUACUAGUAUUUAGCCAUUUUUUAUGAAUAAUAAUAUUUGUAGUUCAUGAUUAUUUAAUAGCUUUAAUAGAAUGAUCUUUUUAGGCAAAGGUAUAGUUUUUAAAUGCAAAAGCUCCUAAGACAUACUGGUAAACAUUUAUUUGUUUAGCUUAGCUGACCCAGAUUUUUAUAUAAAAAGCCGUCGUGUCGAUUCCGUUUUGAAAUCUACUGUGGCAAAAUUAGUUUUAGUCAUUUUUGGUGAAUUGCGUCAGAUCGCGCGUGCAAUCCCGCGGGAAGAACUAUCGUUGACAUAACUACGCAAACAUUGUUUAUAAGAAAAUAAAUGUUUUUUUUUUCAUAUAUUUAGUGUCAAUGUUGUUAUAAUCAUUUUAAUAUAUAAAAUCAAAUUAUUGUAUAAAUUCAAUUGUAUUGCAUUGCGCUGUAUUGUCACUGUAUUGUAUUGUGCUGUUAUUGUAUUGUAUUUAAGAAAUAAUAUACAUCGGAACCGUGUUUUAACAUAUGGAAACAACACGAAUACUUUAUACGCCUGCAGAAUUUCACGAUGACGUAGCCCGGGUGAAUUAUACCCGCGGCGCAUAACUGAGUCGUAUUGUUGAGAUAUAUCAAAACAUGGUUCUGCUGUAUAUUAUUUCAAUUCGUGUAUGUAUUUUAUGUAAAUAAGUAAAUGGAAUAGCGAAGCACUUUUUCAUGGCGCGUGUAAUGGCGCCAAAUAUAGAAGGUUACAUGUCCCGAGGAAAAAGGUUUUCUGCCUCUAAUAAAUUGUGGCAAGACAAGAAGAAGAAAUUGACGCGAGCCACAAUUAUUCUCUUUUUAGUGAAGUGCGCAUGCGUGACAUUGGAGUGUUGGAUAGGCCUUAUGUUUGAGGCCCGUCACCAUGGUUAAUCAAUAUGAAAAUGAAAAUGACAGAUGAAUGAAUGAAUCGGAAGGAAAAUAAGGAUAUUGAAAAUAUAAGGUUGCUUAAACAAUAAACAAUAACAGCAUAGAAGGACAAUACAUACAUUUUAUAACACACCCCUUUAGUAACACUGUUAAGGUUGUUCUGCACGUACGGAUCAAAAUCUUUUCUACAAUGCAGAAUUUGAUUAAACCAUGAUUUUUCAAAACUUCAGAAUAUGCUUAGAAAAUAAGGCAAACAAAAAGAUAGGGUCGUGUGCUUGAUUUUCUAUGCUAGACUGAUUUGAAAAUUUUUUACAAUUUAUCAUAAUGGGAGUCUAUUGGAAAUCGCUACUUUCGAAUAGAAUUUUUUCUAUUUAAUGAAACUUCUCACAGUCGUAAAAAACAUAUGGUCUAUACUGUUGUGAAAUAAAAUGUAUAGGUCCGUGUGCUUUUUUUUUUUUUUUUUUUUUUUUUUUGAGAUAUUUGACCAUGAUUAAAGCGAACCACACAUUUCAAGCUACUUUUAAGACAUUAUUUUCAGUUAUUUAACGUGCCAGAUGUUUUAAUAUCAUAUUUUAACUUUAGAAAGAUAGUAACAAUGCCAUUGUAAAAUAUUUACUCACGGAUUGCCAUUAAUUCAUUUUUACGCCGAAUCCAGGCUUUAUUGUACGUUUUGCGGAGAAAGGACAUUACGCCAUCACUUCCAAUUUAUCAAACUUGCAUAACUACCUUAAGCUUCAAUGGAUCCUGAAACGUUAAUAUUUUAAUAAAAAGAUUAUUAGACUUGCAUCAGGAAAUAUGCACUCGUUCUUUAGCAGACUUUAGGACUUUAACACGAUUCCGCUGCAGCACUCAUGCACAUUUCUCGAUACACAUCUAAUAACCUAUAGAUACAAUA